AUGGAUGAAAUAUAUAGAUAUGGUCUCACGCUUGUCUUCGGUGUCCUUAUGUGGUCGCUGUGCCAUAUAUUGUGCCUAUUGGCCACUUAUCUCCGACUCCGAGUUGUAUGGGACAUACCAAUUAUGAGGACAAUCAAAUGGUGUUUGACAAAGCUUUUUAACUACUAUAGAUUAUCAAAUCAUGUACUGAUUUUUAUAACUGUCAUUACAAUGGACAUCGGUUUCCAGGACGAUGCGCUGGAAGGAACCUCGACAUUUCUGCAAAUUUUAUUUGCUAUUACAUUGGACAACUAUCCGGGCCGCUUCAAAUUGGUGGUUUACUCCAUCAUAUCUUACAUCUUUGGAGUAGCACUGCUCAUUCCAGACACAGAGCGGAAUACAAAUACAGAGAUUCCAACUCUUUGCUGGAUGCUGCUGCUAAUAACUUGGAUAACAGUGCAAAAUGAAAUAUCCUUGAAAGCGUUUCUGGUGAAGGAUAUGCCAACCAGAGAAAAGAAGAAAGAACGAAAACAAAGCCGUAUCUAUUCCUGGUGUGAAUCUGCGUUCAGCUUGGUUGCCGUUGGAAUUUUUAUUUUACUCAUUCGGUUCUUGUCACAAGCCGAAUUCCGCAACCUCAAUGACCCAAUGUGCAGUGCCAUCUUCGAUGUUCUAACUGUUAUCCUAAUAGCAGUACUAAAAAGAAAUAUUGUUACUGAAACUACUAAAAACCAACUCUUGAACAGUCAUAACAGUUCUCCACCUCCCUCUGCGAUUGAAGAGGAAAAUAGGACAGGGAAGCCUUGCACUGUUGCACAAGUGAAGGAAGUGAAAUUUUUUUUAGGGAUGGUUCCUAUGUGGACAACUUUCCUUAUAUUCAGUCUGGUUGAUGCGACGGGGAGCACCUUCUUUCUCAAACAAGCUAGCAACAUUGAUGACAGUUUCCCUAUUACUGUUUUUAUUAUAUUAGUAACGGUCACAAGCUUCGCAAUUGAUUGUCUAUGGGACUUCCUAUUUCGAAAGAUUGGUAAUGAAAUGAAUGGACAAGUCAUAAUGCAGUGGAGAAUCGGUGUUGGAUUAGCAUUUUCUUUCAUUUGUUGCAGAUUUGCCUACAAAAAUGCAGAUUUGGUCAACACACAGCCAAGUAUGCAUAUGGAUAUUUUUAGCCUAACUCCACAAUUUCUCUUGUUGGGGAUUAUGAAAGGACUUUCUGAAAGAGGGCUUCAAAGUUUCUUUCGUUCUCUGCUUUCUGAAUCUCUAAGGGACUACAGGACACCAUUUGGAGAAUGUGUGAUGGGCAUCGGAAAGUUUCUGAUUACACUUUGUAUCCUCAUUUUCAAAAGCUGGUUUGGGCGUGAUAUAGAUUCAAGUCGAAUGGACAAUUAUUAUGCGAUCCUGAACAUUCUAAGUUUUGCUAACUUAUUAAUUUACUGGGUUGCGCUUGCGCACUGUUAUGGAGAUGCACCUCAAGAAGUACACUGUGAACAACCCAUAGAAGGUGCACAAGACAGUAUAGGACCUUCGAUAUUGCGAUCCUUCUCUGAUCAGACGCACAAUGACCUUCAAUAUAUCAGUGUUUCAACAAGGAGAACACGAUCCUUACCGAGUAUGAUGCCCAAUAACCCUCCAUAUAUCAGUGUUUCCCCAAGGAUAACACGGUCCUUCUCAGUUCCUGCACGCCCAAGAACUCCGAACAGGCUGGACGAUGCACACGCACAGGAUAACGAACAACUACAUAUAGAAAUAUUUGAUUGUGAGCAUCGUGAUGAUUUGUGA